AUGGAGGAAACAAUGAACGGAGAAAGCGCCAUGAACCGAGUGAGGAGUCUCUCGGAUCUACUCGAUGAAUCAUUCCUCCAAGAUGCGCAUGCAAAUGAUUCCGAUACCGAGCAAUCCGAAGCCGGCAACAUCCAGGACAAAGGCAUCACGGGCCAGCAAUCAACCAUCAAAACAUUGUACGAGGGACCACAGAAAUGCAACUGCUGCAUCAACUGGGUCGAGACCCCGCCUGACGAUCUCUCUCCCGACAUCGAGAAGCACGCCGAGAGCAAGAAGCACGCCCUGCUCGUGCGCAUGAAGAAGGACCAUGACUCGGACACGAAGUCAAUGACCCUCCACUCCAUCGUUGUUCAGAGCCCGCGCCUGAAAGUGCUUUUGGGCAAAGUCUUCGAACACUUCGGCAGCAUCACCACGGACCUGGAGCGGCUAGUUUUCAAAGCUCCAUUCCAGCCGUUCUUCUACCAGUGGGAGCAACUGAAGGAGGCCGUCCAGCGAGAAGAGGACCCUCUCACCAAGGAGCACGGUAAGCUGCUGCGGAAGAUCCUCCAGGCAGAACUCCGCGACGUCAUCGCCCUCAGCAGAGACUACGCUCGCUACGGCGUCAUAGACUUUGCCAACCUCUGGACCAUCUUCAAGCCCGGCAUCGAUGUCUUCUUCCCGAGCGGCGGCCACGAGUCCAUCCACCGUCUCGUAGGUUCCAGCAUGAAGUGCGCCGGCGACACGGUGUCGUUCCAACUCGACAUCCGCAGCAUCGACUUCGACGGCUCGGGCUUUGGCUACAAAACAUCCUCUGCAGUGAUACCGUUCUUCGAGGGCACUACGGCUGUGACGAGCCUUGAUGCCUAUCCUGCGCACCUCCAUCCGAACAUCGGCGAGUUGCGUCAGAGGCUUCAUAGGAGGGGUGAGAGGUUCAGGGACCUCCAGGCAUAUGGCUUCCACUACAAGUCCUACGGGGGGAUGGCCGAUCUUGCGCUGCCUGAGCCUGCGCCUAUGUCAAGGAGGAUGCCCAUGCCCAUGCCAUGCAUGACGACGAGGUCAGCUUAUGUUGACGGACGGAUCAUCGUCGAUGCGGAAGCGUACAACAACUUCAAUCCGAUGGAGCGGAUGUUCCUGCAACCUCUUCGCAACGAUACGAUUUUCCCGGGGCAGUGGGAUGUCUCCGAUCCGACGCACUCAGGUUCCGAAAUAUACGACGACCCCCCCUCGAUCCCGCAUGGCAUGGUGACUCGGGGUUGCCUCGGUCCACCACCUCCUGUAUCAGAUAACAGCUUGAUGAGAUGCAAGCAGAUACCAGAUGAGCUGUUGUACCUCUGCGGCGCCAAGGUCCGAGGCUUUUCCUUCAAGAUCAAGAAAUGGGCCUCGUUCUUCGUCGACUGCAUACAGGAGGUCAAGUGGAACGAGACCGCCUUCGACAGCCUGGUCUUGCCGAGCGAUCACAAGAGGCUGAUGCUGUCGUUCGUCGAGAGCCAGCUCCGCAACAAGAAGCACUUCGACGACGUCAUCGAAGGAAAGGGGCAAGGCAUCGUGAUCCUCCUCGAAGGCAGCCCGGGUGUAGGCAAAACGCUCACCGCAGAAGCGCUCGCGGACCGCCUCCGCCGCCCCCUCUACGCCAUGUCCAUCGCCGAGCUCGGCCGGUCCGCCGCCGAGCUCGAGUCGUGUCUAACCAUGAUCCUCGAAGUAGCCGUCAAAUGGGACGCCGUCGUGCUCCUCGACGAAGCCGACGUCUUCCUCGAGAAGCGGCGCAGCGUUGGCGGCGGCGGCAGCAACAACCUGGAGCGCAACGGCAUCGUCGCCAUCUUCCUGCGCCUCCUCGAGUACUUCCGCGGCGUGCUGUUCAUGACGACGAACCGCGUGCGCGCCAUCGACCCGGCGUUCCAGUCGCGCAUACACCUGCAGAUCGCGUAUCCGGAUCUGGACGUCGCGGCGCGCAGGCAGAUUUGGGAGCGGAUGGUUGCUAUGUCGACGGAGGGGGGCGGGCAGGAGGAGAGGAGUGGGAUCGGGGCGGAGGAGCUGGAGAGGCUGGCGAGGGCCGAGCUGAAUGGGAGGGAGAUUAAGAAUUUGGUCAAGUCGGCGCAGUUGCUGGCGAGCUUUGAGGGCGUGCCGUUGGCGGUCGAGCAUGUGGAGACGGUGCUGAGGGUGACGCAGAAGGAUGUCACGGGCGGUGGUGGUGAUGAGUGA